AUGAACGCCCAACAUGCAUUUAAUAUCUUCAAGAGCAAAUAUAACAGGAGAUAUGACACCAGUGAAGAAGAGGAGAAAAGAUUGCAAAUCUUUCAAGAUAACAUAAAAUUAAUGAAAUUCUACCAAUCACACGAUGCUGGUUCUGCUGUCUAUGGAGCCUCUCCAUUCUCUGAUCUCACUGAAAAAGAAUUUCGUGAAAAAUAUUUGAGUAAAGAAUGGAAACUGAACACAGCUGAGGACACCUCUUCCUCCUCUUCUCUGAUUGGUGGACAGGUGGACCCACCCCCUCAAUUUGAUUGGAGGGAACAUGGAGCUGUCACGCCUGUCAAAAAUCAAGGGAUGUGUGGUUCGUGUUGGGCGUUCUCGGUGACGGGGAACAUCGAAGGACAGUGGUCCAUUAAAAAGAAGAAGCUCUUGUCACUAUCCGAACAACAACUGGUGGAUUGUGACAAAUUGGAUGAGGGAUGCAACGGCGGCCUGCCCAGUCUGGCCUAUUUGGAGAUCAUGAGAAUGGGUGGGUUGGAGUCGGAAAAAGAUUAUCCGUACAGCGGUAAAGAUGGUCCCUGCAAGCUGGACGUCAGCAAGCAAGCCAUCUACAUCAACUCGUCACUCAAUAUUUCCAAAGAUGAGAGAGAGAUGCAGGCAUGGUUGUUCAAGAAUGGACCUCUCUCGAUUGGAAUCAACGCCAUGUUCAUGCAGUUUUAUUUGGGUGGCAUAUCACAUCCCUGGCAUCUCCUCUGCCCUGCUGUACUCGACCACGGGGUUCUAAUCGUCGGCUAUGCUGUCAAAAAAGGUUUCUUUCGAGAUACGCCGUAUUGGAUUGUGAAAAACAGUUGGGGAGAGAGAUGGGGAGAGAAGGGCUACUAUUUGGUCUACAGAGGUGACGGUACGUGCGGACUGAAUGAACUUGUCUCGAGUGCUGUCGUACUGUGA